ACAAAAACCUAAAAUUGAUUGGUUUUGAUUUGAGCCUUCAGCCUUGGAAAUAUUAGUUUCAUGUUGAGAGUUCAUUCUCAAGUCUGAAAUGGCCAAUUCCUACCUUUUCACAUUAAUCAUCACUCUUCUCCUCUUCUCCCUCUCCGCACCGCCGUCGGCAUCAUCAUCACCCCACAAUAACGAACAACCAGAGCAAGAAGGAGACACCCCAAUAACCCGUUUCCAACAGUAUCUGAGAUUCAACACAGCCCAUCCCAAUCCAAACUACACAGCCCCAGUCUCAUUCCUCACUUCAAUAGCUCAAUCACUCGCUCUCAAAACCCAAACUCUAUACUUCACUCCCAACAAACCAGUCCUUCUAUUAACAUGGCCCGGCUCAAACCCAUCUCUCCCUUCAAUUAUAUUCAAUUCCCAUCUCGAUUCUGUCCCCGCCGAACCCUCCAAAUGGACCCACCCGCCUUUCUCCGCUGUCCGUACAGAAGACGGUCAAAUCUUUGCCCGUGGAGCUCAGGAUGAUAAGUGCAUUGCUAUACAGUACUUAGAAGCUAUCCGUAACUUGAAACAUCGCAACUUUAAACCCAUCAGGACCGUUCAUAUUUCUUAUGUUCCUGAUGAGGAGAUCGGUGCGGCUGAUGGGUAUGCUAAGUUUGUUAAUUCUAAGGAGUUUAAAGAACUGAACGUUGGGUUUGCUAUGGAUGAAGGGCAGGCUUCUGUUAACGAUGAGUUCAGAUUGUUUUAUGCUGAUCGAACUCCGUGGGAUUUGGUAAUUAAGGCUAAAGGACAACCCGGGCACGGGUCCAAUAUGUAUGAUAAUUCUGCAAUGGAGAAUUUAAUGAAGAGUGUUGAGGUUAUUACUAAGUUCAGAGAGAGUCAGUUUGAUAUUGUUAAGGCUGGGUUUGCUGCCAGUUCUGAGGUUGUUUCUGUUAAUCCUGUUUAUUUAAAAGCUGGAAUUCCUUCUCCCACUGGAUUUGUGAUGAAUAUGCAACCUUCAGAGGCAGAAGCUGGUUUCAACAUUAGAUUGACUCCUACAACUGAUCCUGAUCUUUUUAGGAAAAAGAUUGCUCAAGAGUGGGCACCUGCUGCACGCAACAUGACAUAUGAGAUAACUGAGAAAGGCCCCAUGAAAGAUAACAUGGGACGGCCAUUAGUGACCGCAGUGGAUAAUUCCAAUCCAUGGUGGCUAGUAUUCAAGCAAGCUAUUGCAGCAGCUGGAGGAAAACUUGCAAGUCCCGAAAUCUUGGCUUCAACAACUGAUGCGCGGUUCUUAAGACAGUUGGGAAUUCCUGUCUUUGGUUUCUCUCCAAUGGCAAAUACUCCUAUAUUAUUGCAUGACCAUAAUGAGUUCUUGAAGGACACGGUCUUCUUGAAAGGAAUUGAGGUGUAUGAGCAUAUCAUUAGCUCUUUAAGCUCUUUUGAUGAGGUUGAUGCGAUAUAGAUGUUUUUGGUUGGUGACCAAUGAGGAGAAUACGAAAUGAUCGGAAUUUGACGUGGUGGAACUCUUCCACCGGUAUGAAACAUCAUGUUGCUUCUAUUCAUUUGUACAUAUUGUAUCCAUAUUUGGUUUUGAUUGCUCAAAGCAACUCAUGCCAUAUCAUCAUUGUGCGGACAAAUGAUCAAUUCACCCUCUCAACUUGAAUCCAAAUUUCAAGAAAAAAAUAUCACUUCUAGUGUUUUCUGACAAUCAAACUCACAACUUGCCCAAUUUGGAUCAUUUCACCCUAUUAAGUGGUCAGUUUGAGAGAUACGCGCGAUUGAACCAAGUUGUGGGUUAAUUGUCAAGAAACGCUGAAAAUGACUUUUUUAUAGAUUUUGAUCCAAGUUGACGGGUGAAUCGAUCCCUUUGUUCGUCAUUGUUCACUCUGCUGCUGUAGGAUGAUCGAGAAUAAUGUUCCAUUUUGAAGCAACUUUACUGCACUUUCUUUGCCAAUGCUGUCUAUGGACGAGAUUGUGUAAAAGUAAAUUUUCCUGGUUGUAUCGGUUGUCAAAAUGAGUUAUACCGGCAAUAAUCUGUAUGUGUUUGCUCUAACUUAGACAUAUUUUAUUGGAUUGUUUUGUAAUUGUAAAUUGUAAUUGUUGAUUACCGGUUUCAUAUUUGGACUUUGUGUUGAAAAAUUGUCCUCAAAGUUGCAAUUCUAUGUGGCUGUGGAUGCGAA